AUGAAUUCAGAGCAUAACGUACUGUGUGUGAAUCAAAACAAAAUAGAGGCUGUUGUUGUAGAUGAAGUUCAUGGGACGUGCCUCUCAGACAGUGUUUCCAGUGCAUUGGGAAUGACUUACAAUAAUGAGCCUCUACUUACAACCAACAAAGAGGAACUAGAAUUAACUGAGUCAAAUUCAAAAGCAUGGAGAGUAGAAACGAACCACAUGGUCGCAAUCCAAAAGGUAUUGUUGGCUGCGCUCAGGAGCUCACCGGAUGCCACAAAGUGA